AUGCCUUCACUAGCGGGCACGGCAAGCACCAACACACGAUGGAAGCAUUUAUACAAUGUACUGAGCAAGCCUGGGGCCUUUAGCGAUGAGGACUGGGUGCCAGGGCCAGAAACAAUAGAAGCACUUGAGACUUCUAAGAUCCUAGUCAUUGGAGCGGGAGGCCUGGGAUGUGAGAUCCUAAAGAACCUUGCCUUAUCAGGCUUUAAAGACAUUCACGUUAUAGACAUGGACACCAUCGAUAUUUCCAACCUCAAUCGCCAGUUUCUGUUCCGUCAGACUGACGUGGGGAAAGCCAAAGCGGACGUUGCUGCAGCGUUUGUUGAGAAACGGGUCAAGGGAGUCAAGAUCACGCCCUAUGUUGGCAAAAUACAGGAUAAAGACGAGGAUUAUUACAUGCAGUUCAAGCUCGUUGUCUGCGGUCUAGACAGUAUCGAAGCCCGCCGAUGGAUUAAUUCGACCCUGAUUGGAAUGGUGGACCCGGAGAAUCCGGAGAGCCUCAAACCGCUGAUAGAUGGUGGCACUGAAGGGUUCAAAGGACAAGCUCGUGUUAUUCUACCCACUCUCACGUCUUGCAUCGAAUGCCAACUAGACAUGCACGCACCUCGCGCUGCCGUUCCACUUUGCACAAUCGCAACCAUCCCUCGACAACCACAGCACUGUAUCGAAUGGGCCCAUCAAAUUGCUUGGCAAGAAAAACGCAAAGAUGAACCCUUUGACGGGGACGACCUAGAUCACGUUUCUUGGAUUUAUCAGCACGCACUCGAACGGGCGAAACAGUUUUCUAUCCCAGGGAUCACCUUUCAAAUGACUCAAGGAGUGGUAAAGAACAUCAUUCCUGCCAUAGCGUCUACCAACGCAGUCAUCGCCGCAUCGACAACCUCCGAAGCCCUGAAGAUCGCGACUUCAUGCAACCCGUAUCUCGAUAAUUACAUGAUGUAUGCCGGCGAAGAAGGCGUUUACACGUAUACCUUUGCAGCGGAGCAGAAACCCGACUGCCCGGUCUGUGGUAACUUGGCCCGCACGAUACAUGUUGAUCCCGAGGUCACUCUAGAGGCGUUUAUUGAAAGUCUAAGUGAGCGACCAGAAGCACAGCUCAAGAAGCCUAGCUUGCGGUCAGAAGAAAAAACCUUGUAUCAACGCUUCCCGCCACAGUUGGAGGAACAAACUCGACCUCAUCUACGAUUGAAGUUGAAGGACCUGGUAUCCGAUGGGCAAGAGGUUGCAGUCAGCGACCCUGCAUUCACAAUCGACUUCCGUUAUAAGCUCAUCUUCCAAUAA